AUGGAGUGGUUUCUGAUAUUUGUUUCUGUAGCUGUUGUAUGGUUGGCUUCUCUCUGCAAAAUUCUCCAUUCAUCAUUCUAUCCAAACCAAUCUCCCUUCUUAAAUAAUAAUGCUGGAUCUAUUCAGAAGAAAAAUGUAUUAUUGGUCAUUGCACACCCUGAUGAUGAAUCCAUGUUCUUUUCACCAACAAUCAAUCAGCUAACUUCAAGAGGGCAUAAUGUGCACAUAUUGUGCAUGUCAACUGAUGGUAUUGGAGAUGUUAGAAAGGAAGAGCUUUAUAGGGCUUCUGCAAUCCUUAAGCUUCCUCUCCAACAAGUGACAGCAUUGGAUCAUCCAGAUUUUCAGGACGGUUUUGGGAAAGUAUGGAAUAGUAAUAAACUAGCAAAGAUUGUGGAAAAGAAGAUUUUUGCUCAUGCAAUUGACAUGGUGUACCAAUCUCUCUUUCACAACUUGCAAGUUGCAACCCCACAUCACCAAUCCAUUUGGAAGAUUAUUACCUUUGAUAAUUAUGGUGUUUCUGGUCAUUGUAAUCACCGUGAUGUACACCAAGGAGUGCGAAGAUUCAUACUUGAUACUUCAAAACGAUACAUUGAAGCAUGGGAAUUGGUGAGUAGUAACAUAGUACGAAAGUACAGUGGGCCCAUUGAUAUAUGGUUGUCUUUUUGGAGUGUGAAAGGAGAAAUGCAUUGUUUGGUAAAUGAACAUCCACUUAGAAGCUAUGCUGCCAUGUCACAGCACCUCAGCCAAUGGGUUUGGUUUCGGAAGCUUUUUGUUUCAUUUUCUAGUUAUACAUAUGUCAACACUUUGAGGAAGAUCAACAAUGGUCAAGUUCUAUAG